AUGGCCGGUGCUGAAAGCACUUUAUGGCGCACAAUGGUGGAUACCAUCCAAGGGGCAAUGUUCCGCUAUACCAAGUCUGUAAAUGAUAUCAAGCUCUUCGAAUGGGAUGCCCAUGAUAUUUGGUAUCAAUAUAUCCAACUAGCAAAGAAUAUUGAUGCUGAGCACCCUGCACAGGACCGAUUGGUCCGAGUGGUCCUAUGGACCCGCGAACUCGGUGUACUGUCAAGAACUAAAAAGCGCUCGCAGCUUUGGCCUGUCACCGAAUGGGAUAACCACAAGAUCGUGGUGCAGGAAGCUGUUACUGAAGAUGGAAGACUUUGGAUCGAUCUUCCAUAUUUGGUUAGAGACGUAUGCUCAGCUUGGGCUGAUGUCAUGAAUUCUACCACCAGCCCACCCCAUCAUUACAACCUCGCAUCGGCCAUUGCACGUCUUGCUGGCUUAGGCAUCCGAGAUAACGCCCUCAGCGGGUGUGGGCUUGCAGUUAUGCGUGAAGGUCUCGAGGUUCCCCGAGCCAUCUACCAUGAAUCAUCCCCUACUGGACCAGCUCUAGAGGAGUCCGCUAGGUCCAUGACCACAAUGUCAAUCAUGGACUUUCACCCCAUGCUUAUGUCCUGGAUGGUAUACGCUGGGCACAAGCUUCUACAUCUCAGCCAUACUUCGUAUGAUGCAGCUUCCUGGGACACUGCGCAAACGCACCUUGGUGAGUUGGCAAUUAGCGCUGGAGUCGGAUCUGCUGGCUUUAGUCGCGCAAGGUUUGGGUUUUGGGUAAAUAGGAUGGAAGAACUUAAGCAGAAUGACAAGAAGGAAGUGAAAGAAGCCUUUCAGAAGUGCUAUUUCCUUGCUAGUAGGAUUCUUCACGAGUUGGAUGAUCAUGGACUUGAAGAAGUUUGA